GUAUCUCACUGUGGUUUUGAUUUGCAUUUCUCUGAUGGCCAGUGAUGAUGAGCAUUUUUUCAUGUGUCUGUGGGCUGCAUAAAUGUCUUCUUGUUGAUGGAUAUCUUUAAACCCAGCUAAAAUCUUAACCCAUAAAAAGCCCUCGGCUUGCUCCUUUCUUACCAUGCCCUAAGAAUGUGACCUCUGAUGGUAAGAUCAGUAACCUGAAGAACUGAACCGAUACUUUGGGCAUGUUUUUUAAUUUAAUUACAAUUUUAAUCAAAUAUUUGAUUCUUUUUUUUCCUCCCUGGCCAAAUUUAUUUCAGGAAUGUGCUUGUCUGAGACUUCUGAUGGCUGAGGUUUCUUAGGUACAUCUCGUGACUUGAAUGCACAAUUGGAUGCAAUCUGGAUAGAUUAGGAAAUACCUUCUCUAAGGUACUUAUUAGGUCUGGUUGACUUUGUAGAGCUGAUCCAAGAGCAGGCAAAUUGCUUCCAGCAGACACAGUCCAGAAAAACAGCUCUGUAGCAGGCAUCUCUUAACACCACAGUAUAUUCUGGGUAGCUGCUCUGCAGUAAUGCAGCCCUGUCGUUCUGGGCAGUGUUGUUAUUCCUGCUGCAUAAUUAGCAACUAGUGAGAUCAUAGUCUGGGGAGAUUCUGGCAUUACUGAGGCAAGGGAGGGUUCGUGUCUCAUCACACAUGGCUCCCGCUCUGACAGCAUUUCUGCUGAGCAGAUUCGUGUCCUUCUGGAACUUAAAUCCAAAGAUGGAGGAAAAAGAUUUGUACCUAGGAAAUGGACUAUCUCAGCCUCCUUGGUUGUAUUAAAGCGUGUUGAAAACAACACUGCUUGCCAUAUUGAUAUAACCAGAAUACAUUGUUACUUCUCUUGCUAUUUGUUUUCCCCUUGCUGAUUUCUUUAUAGAGGGCAAAGAUUGUAAAGCUACGAUGUCCUUGCACAGAGGAUGGUGACAGACCAGAUGAGGCCUAUUUUAUGGAGCAGUAUGAGAUUGGGAAAGAUUCUGGGUUUUGAAGCCAUGCAGAUUCUAAUCUUGGGUCCAUUCUUUGGUACCAAAUUUGACCUUUAUAGAAGCCUGAAUCCUAAUGUACCUGGCUAGCUGGUGGUGAGCAGGGGCUUUGGGGCCAACUUGUUGGGCUCCCCAAGGAAACCCCUUUGAAACCAAUGGAUGCAUUCACGGGCUCGGGUCUCAAGAGGAAGUUUGAUGAUGUGGAUGUGGGCUCAUCAGUUUCCAACUCGGAUGAUGAGAUCUCCAGCAGCGAUAGUGCUGACAGCUGCGACAGCCUCAAUCCUCCUACCACUGCCAGCUUCACACCCACAUCCAUCCUGAAGCGGCAGAAGCAGCUGCGGAGGAAGAAUGUACGCUUUGACCAGGUGACUGUAUACUACUUUGCCCGGCGCCAGGGUUUUACCAGUGUGCCCAGCCAGGGUGGUAGCUCACUGGGCAUGGCCCAGCGCCAUAACUCUGUACGGAGCUACACACUCUGUGAGUUUGCCCAGGAACAGGAGGUGAACCAUCGAGAGAUUCUGCGUGAGCACCUGAAGGAAGAGAAACUCCACGCCAAAAAAAUGAAGCUGACCAAGAAUGGGACAGUGGAGUCGGUGGAGGCCGAUGGCCUGACGCUGGAUGAUGUGUCAGAUGAAGAUAUUGAUGUGGAAAAUGUGGAGGUGGACGAUUACUUCUUCCUGCAGCCUCUGCCCACCAAACGGCGACGGGCCCUGCUGAGGGCUUCUGGGGUCCACCGCAUCGAUGCUGAAGAGAAGCAAGAACUUCGAGCCAUCCGCCUGUCACGGGAAGAAUGUGGUUGUGACUGCCGACUGUAUUGUGACCCAGAAGCGUGUGCCUGCAGCCAGGCUGGGAUUAAAUGCCAGGUGGAUCGCAUGUCCUUUCCAUGUGGCUGCUCCCGGGAUGGCUGUGGGAACAUGGCAGGGCGCAUUGAAUUUAAUCCAAUCCGGGUCCGGACUCAUUACCUCCACACCAUUAUGAAGCUGGAGCUGGAGAGCAAGCGGCAGGUGAGCCGCCCAGCAGCCCCAGAUGAGGAGCCCUCCCCCACUGCCAGUUGCAGCCUGACAGGAGCACAGGGCUCUGAGACCCAGGACUUCCAGGAGUUCAUUGCUGAGAAUGAGACAGCAGUGAUGCACCUGCAGAGUGCAGAGGAACUGGAGCGGCUCAAGGCAGAAGAAGAUUCCAGCGGCUCUAGUGCCAGCCUGGACUCGAGCAUUGAGAGCCUGGGUGUGUGCAUCCUGGAGGAACCCCUGGCUGUCCCCGAAGAGCUGUGCCCAGGCCUUACAGCCCCCAUUCUCAUCCAGGCUCAGCUGCCCCCAGGCUCCUCUGUCCUGUGUUUUACCGAGAACUCAGACCACCCAACUGCCUCAGCGGUGAACAGCCCAUCCUACUUGAACAGUGGGCCCCUGGUCUAUUAUCAAGUGGAGCAGAGGCCAGUCUUGGGAGUGAAAGGAGAGCCUGGUACAGAAGAAGGCUCAGCCUCUUUCCCAAAGGAGAAGGAUCUGAAUGUCUUCUCUCUCCCUGUUACCUCACUGGUGGCUUGUAGCUCCACAGACCCAACUGCCCUCUGUAAAUCAGAGGUGGGGAAAACACCCACCCUAGAAGCGCUACUGCCCGAAGAUUGUAACCCUGAGGAGCCUGAAAAUGAAGACUUCCGCCCUUCCUGGUCCCCCUCAAGCCUCCCCUUCCGCACGGACAAUGAAGAGGGCUGUGGGGUGGCGAAGCCCUCCCAGCAGAAUGAGGAUCGGCCCCCCGAAGAUUCUUCCUUAGAACUCCCUCUGGCAGUGUGACGGGGGCUAGAGGCCUGCCUCUUACCCAUUCUCUAUUUAUUCCCUUAUUUUAUCUAACACCAUUUCAAAACAAAACUGUAGAAGCAGCUGCUGCUCCCAUGUUAUUUUAUUGGGGUCUUUGGGGAAUGGGUGGGAAAGGAUUGUUUGAGUAUUUUUAAAAGGGAAACAGUACCAAGGAGACCAGCCCCAGCUUGAUCUGGGGAUCCUGGGGCAGAGAAAGCUGCAUAGUGCUGAACACUGAGCUUUCUGGGCCACUGGAACAAAGAACUAGGAUCUCACAGGAGAAGCUGGGUAACUCAAGCAGCUAGUCUUUCUGUAGGGACCAGAACACAAGAAUUUGAAGAACACGGCAAAGCUCCUUCUCUCCCAAGCCCCAGGCAAAGUACAAGCUCAUUUUUCUCGGUGGCUAUUCUGAUACCCCAUUUUGGUGUGUCAUAAUACUUCAGACUAGAAAGUCACCUGGUCGAGUCUCGGGAGGAGGGAGUGGAAGGGUCUCUGCUUCUGUACAAAAUCUCCAGGAUUUACAAAAAUUUAACCUGCCUUCCUUCAAUCCCCUAUUUGGUAAAUAGGUUAAUAUUUGACAUGUUUGGUGUUCUCCGACCUGUUCCCCACACUGGGGAUUCCUGGUCUGUAACUUGAAUUGUUUCUUCCACAUGUUCUUAAGUACUAGAGUUAAACUUGUCUAUGUCUUUUUUUCCCUCCAUCCUUUUUCCUUUGGAGAAAAAGAGCUGGAUUGGCUGGGGAUGUGCUAUAAAGAGCCUGAGCCUUCUGUACCUAUCUGAUACUAGCACUGUCAGGCAGCUUUCGGCUGGGGCUCACCCAUCCCACAGGAGGCCUAUGUGGAGCAUUAACUGGCCAAAGGAGGCAGCGGGAACAGACUGCUUGCUAUUUGGAAAGAUGACAUAUUUGUGCUGUGCUUGUUUUUUCACCCAGGUUUUUCCCUCUUUGUGAGAUCUGAGCUUUAGUGGAAUGUAGGAUGUGGCAAUCUUAAGGUCACCAACCAGUUUUUGUUCUUUUUUUUCCUGUAUCUACCCUCAUGGUUGUUUUCAACAUACCAGGUUAGAGAGUUCUUACACUGUUCUAGUUCAAGUCCAAGAAUCGCAAAUGUUUAUUGGACCCCUCCAUCUUGAUGAUGUAUAGAAAUUGGAAGCCACGCCAGUUCUUAAAUGCCACAUGCAAUUCCCAGAUUCCAAAGGAUUCAAGUUCUAAUUAUAACCUUUGAAGCAUAUAGAAUGGAACUCAUUCAGUUUGAUUCAGUUCUUACCUCUGAAUCAAAUACAUCAGGGGGAAUACGGUUCCUGUUCAUCCUAUGUUCUAAGAUCUCCAUUGAACAGCACUGAUUUCCUUUUAUUAGCAAUCUUUGCCUCUGUUCUAAAAUGGAGGCAGUAGGGAGCAAAACUAUUCUUCUCAAGCAUCCUUUACACCAUACAUUACUUCUGGUAUGGUUUAUUAACCACACACACAAAAGAGUGAAAAACUGUGUUGGGGGGAGACACUACUUAUCUUCCUCAUAAAGCCUUUUCUGUGGGAUAUUAAGGCCCUGGUGUCUUACAGAAACCAUGUAUGUCGCAGAAGCAUUUCACCCCUGAAGUCUCUAAACUCUGAGCCUGAAAGGAUUUGUAUUUAAUACACAUACAUUGUUUAGUUCAUUCUGCCUCUCCUAUUUGUUCCAGUGUUUGCUUGGUUUUAGUUUGGAGGGGAACUUAAGUACAUAAAUCCUUCUCUCUCCCCAUCCCCUAGCCUCAUGAGUUGAGAGUCUUAAGUACCUGAGAUCUCCAAGCUAUCCAGAACUGAACUAGACUCCCCUACCUUAGACUGGUACCUGCAAACACAGGACUGAAGCUUAAUUGGGAAUUUGGCUUUAUGGAGAAAAGAAUCUUUUUCAAAGUUUGUGUCAGAAGGGGAGGGUGAGGUCUGCACAUUGCCUCUGCAGGAAGGCUCCAGCUUAAUCUAGGAAGUAGAUUCCAGCUGCACGAUGAGGAACACGUUAGCUUUUGGGAUCAAACCAGGAAUAUGAAUCUGUAAUUAUUAAGCUCAUUGCCAACCCAUAGGAUAAUUGAUGUUUCUGAAAACCUGUCGUUUCUUAAUCUAAGUCUAUCCCCUUCAUUAACUCUACAGUUGUGAUUCACACUGAUCCCAAACUUUUGAGUGCUAAAUAUUAACAUUUAGCAUUAACUGUCUUGUCAAGCAAAAGGCCUUCUCUACAACCUAGUCCAUCUCACUUCUGGUGCUCUCUGAGUUGGACGGAAUUCUAGCUCAUGGUUGCUAGGAAAGCUAGGCCUCUGAUCACAGAAGCAGGCAGCUUCAGCCCCAGUCUAGGCCUAGAUAAAUGAGUCUUCUCACCACAACUUUACUAUUUUCCAAUUUCCUUUCUCACAUACUGUACACAGGUAGUAUUUUCAAUGUGAAUCCAAAGCUUGUCUGGUUCUCUGAAAAUAAUUUUCUCCCCUUUAGGUUCUUUACAUUGUGAUAAUGCUGUAUUUAAAGAGAAUAUUUAAAUGUAAUAUUAAAGAAAUAUUCAAAAGAA